AGCACUCAUCUCCAUGUUUCCAGCUCAUCAUGGCUGCUUGCAUGUCCACCACCACCACAUUCCACCUCCCACCGCAUUCCGCGCUCGCCUCUCGCGGAACCUGUACAGCUCGCGCUUCCGUGGUUGUCGCGUCCGUGCAUGGCGCCCAUCUUCACCACUUCGAAAGCGCCUUUCCUUCCAAUCGCCGUCUUUCCAAUCGCCGUGCCCGCGAAGCAUUACCCUGACAUCACCCGUGGUUGGUUCGCAUCGCGUCGAACACGCGUCGCCGUUGUUCGCUCUCUGUGAAGAUGAGAGAGAACCUUACCGGGGCGUGCAUCCUUGAGUGCAUCCUUCAGUGGUGGUCGCCGAUCAGAUGUGGUUUUAUUCGACGCGAGCUGAGCACAGCCGAGCUGAGCCGAGCCGAGCCGAAACGAGCUAAGCUGAGUUGAGUAGAGCUGAGGCGAGCGAUGGCGGAAGAGGAGUUCCUUCCGAUAGUGUGCGACAAUGGCUCCGGCAUGGUCAAGGCCGGUUUCGCUGGAGACGACGCUCCGCGCGCCGUCUUUCCCAGCAUCGUGGGCCGUCCACGUCACCAUGACGUCAUGAUCGGGAUGGGGCAGAAGGACGCGUACGUGGGCGAGGAGGCGCAGAGCAAGCGAGGCAUCCUGACCAUCAAGUACCCCAUAGAGCACGGCAUUGUGAGCAACUGGGACGACAUGGAACGCAUGUGGGCGCACACGUUCUUCAACGAGCUGCGCGUGGCGCCUGACGAGCACCCCGUGCUGCUCACGGAGCCGCCGCUCAACCCCAAGGCGAACCGCGAGCGCAUGACGCACAUCAUGUUCGAGACGUUCAGCGUGCCCGCCAUGUACGUCGCCAUCCAGGCCGUGCUCAGCCUCUACUCCAGCGGCCGCACCACAGGGCUGGUGGUGGACUCGGGCGACGGCGUGUCCCACGUGGUGCCCAUCUUCGAGGGCUACACGCUACCGCAUGCCAUCCACCGCCUCGACCUCGCUGGCCGCGACAUUAGCAGCCACCUGGCAGUGCUGCUCACGGAGCGGGGCUACUCCUUCACCACCACAGCCGAGAGGGAGAUCGUGCGGGAUAUCAAGGAGAAGCUGUGCUAUGUGGCCGAGGACUAUGAGAGAGAGCUCGCCAUGGCAGAGGGUGUAGGAGGAGCAGGAGUAAGGGUGGGAGGAGGAAAGGGGACGGGAAGGAAUAAGGGUGGAAAAUCCGAGAGAGAGACGCCUUGCGGUAGCGAGGAAGCUGCAGCAGCAGCGGCGACUUCCACCUCCCUCGACAAAACCUACGAGCUGCCCGACGGGCAGGUGAUAACGAUCCGUUCGGAGCGGUUCCGCGCGCCCGAGAUCCUCUUCUCGCCGUAUCUAGUGGGCAUGGAGGCGCCAGGCCUGCACGAGUCAGCGUACAACGCCAUCAUGCGCUGCGACGUGGACGUGCGCGGAGACCUGUACGGGAACAUUGUGUUGAGCGGCGGCUCGUCCAUGUUCCCAGGAAUGCCGGAGAGGAUGCAGAGGGAGGUGGGGGCGCUGGCGCCGGGGAGUGUGCGCGUGCGCGUGGUGGCUCCGCCGGAGAGGAAGUAUAGUGUGUGGAUUGGCGGGUCUAUUCUCGCUUCGCUCACCACGUUCCAGCAGAUGUGGAUAUCAAGGGAGGAGUACGAGGAGUUUGGUCCCAGCAUUGUGCACCGCAAGUGCUUCUAGUUGUUUCUAACUCCUAAGCGCUGAGUCAACUGCUAGUGCUAGUGCUUCUUGCUGCUUUGGGAUCUGCACUAGGACCAACCAACCACCCACUCCAUUCCUCCUGUCACACGCAGGGGCUCACCCAUCGCUGUGGCUGUAGAGAUUUCUCCUGUCACUCUAGAUCCUGACCACCCUAAACACGUGGUUUACUUCAAUACAGUGUGUUCGAGACCAGAGCAGCCUUCUAGAGCUGCUUUAGUUAGGUAGUGUGGUACCACGUGGCCUGUCACCUUGCUCGUGUGUGUGUCCACUCCAAUCCGGGCUCUUGACUCUUGAGGGUUUCUCAAGGACCCAAACGAGGCUUUCUUUCUUUCUGCUGCAGUCUGAUCCGGCAACAGUAGAUUUGUACAGUAUUGCAAUUUGCAAGCU